UGAUUGGUGGAUGCAGCCGGCAGAGGAGAAAUGUAAACCCCUUCGUUUUGUUGCAUCGGGGGGUUGAAGACUAACGCUCCCCUCUUGGUUUUUUUCCUCCUCCUUUUCCCUCAAUGACAGCAGGAGCCAGCCGGGCGGUGCGGAGGGAAGCGUCCCCCGGAACGAGAAGGAUUUCCAUGCGAGUCUGCGAUGCAGUGAAGGGAUAGAAGAUGAAAAUACAUAAGAAGGACAAGCAGCAGAUGUUAACUGGUGUCCUGAAGCACACUCCACCUCCGGCCUCCGCUGCAGCAGCCUCAUCCUCCGCCUCGGACCAAAAGAGUAACGCACAAAACACAGUUCCCACAAUCCCACGGGGCCACCUGGUUGUGGGCCCUAAAGACCAGCUCCGCCUCCUCACCCCCGUGGGCAGCACGGCGACAUCCAAUCAUUGCGUGGCAGCCGGGGCUCACGCCGCCAAGCACUCGGGAGGGGCCCCGCGACCUCCUUCCUCCCUGAGCGAGGAGGACGAUGGAGGAGGAGGAGGCAGGGUAAAGAAGAAACGGAAGAAAAAGGACAAGAGAGAAAGGGAGAAAGGAAGAGGGGAGGCAGAGGAAAGGGAAAGCACCAAACCAAAGAAACGGAGGGAGGAGAGGCUGACGACGGUGGUCACACUGAGGAAAAGCAAGGAGCCCAAGGAAGGAAAGGAGAGAAAGGAGCGAAGGACCAAGGGGAAGGAGGGGAGGACGGAGCUGAAGACUGUGGCUGGGGGGAGAACGACGGCGGUCACAGUGGCUGUACCUGUUAAGGUGCCCGGCAAAAGAGGGAGGAAACCCAAGGUCAAAAUCCUACCUCCUGUACCACCCACUCCAGCACCUCCUCCUACACCAGCUGUCCACAUCAAGGGGCAGGUCCACCAUGAAAAGAACCACAGACAGGCCAACAGCAAGACCCCCGUCCCCUCAGCGCCAAAACAGAGGGGCCGCAAACCCAGAGAUCCAGGCGCAGCGCCGGUGGAGAAGAAGAAGAAGGGAAAGAGGAGAAACCAGGAGCAGGCUGUCAGGGAGGGGGCGGAGAGUGACGACACUACCUCAAUGUCAGCUCACAUCCUGGGCGGAGAGGAGAGCCAAGACCCUCUGGAUCACACGAAGCGGCGCUCAGGACGUCAGGUCAAGAGGAGGAAGUAUAACGAGGAUCUGGACUUCAAGGUGGUGGACGACGAUGGAGAGACUAUUGCAGUACUUGGAGCCGGUCGCAUCUCAGCGCUCAACGCCACGGCGCUGGCAUGGCAGGCUGAGGAGCCACCUGAGGACGAGGCCAACAUCAUUGAGAAAAUUCUGUCCGUCAAAUCAGUGAAGAAAGAGACUUCAUCAUCAGAGGACCAAGUGGAGGAGACAGAGGAGUUUUAUGUCAAGUACAGAAAUUUUUCUUAUAUGCACUGCAAGUGGGCCACUCUGGAGGAGCUGGAGAAAGAUCCCAGAAUCCACCAGAAGAUUAAACGCUUCAGGACCAAACAGGCUCAGAUGAAACAUCUGUUCACUGAGCCUGAUGAGGACUUAUUUAACCCGGAUUAUAUUGAGGUGGACCGGGUGUUGGAGGUGGCUGUUACUACAGACACUGAGACUGGAGAGGAGGUGACCCACUACCUGGUGAAGUGGUGCAGCCUCUCGUAUGAGGAGGCCACGUGGGAGCUGCAGGAGGACCUGGACCCCGAGAAGAUCAAGGAGUUUGAGGAGAUCCAGAAACUGCCGCCAGACCUCAGACACAUGGAGCGUCCUCUCCCAGAGAAGUGGCAGAAGUUGGAUAACACCAGAGCUUACAGGAAUGGAAACCUGCUCAGAGAAUACCAGUUAGAGGGAAUGAACUGGUUACUGUUCAACUGGUACAACAGGAAAAACUGCAUCCUGGCAGAUGAGAUGGGUUUGGGAAAGACCAUCCAGUCCAUCACCUUCCUGUUCGAGAUCUUCAGCAUGGGGAUCCGCGGGCCCUUCCUCAUCAUCGCCCCCCUGUCCACCAUCACCAACUGGGAGCGGGAGUUCCGUCAGUGGACCAACAUGAACGUCAUCGUGUACCACGGCUCGCAGAUCAGCCGGCAGAUGAUCCUGCAGUAUGAGAUGUUCUACAGAGACCCACAGGGUAACACCAUCCCAGGCAUACUGAAGUUCCACGGCGUGAUCACCACCUUCGAGAUGAUCAUGGCCGACUGUCCAGAGCUGAAGAAGCUGCACUGGCGCUGCGUGGUGAUCGACGAAGCCCACCGACUGAAAAACAGGAACUGUAAGCUGCUGGAGGGACUCAAGCUCAUGAACCUGGAGCAAAAGGUUCUGCUGACAGGAACCCCUCUGCAGAACUCGGUGGAGGAGUUGUUCAGUCUGUUGAAUUUCCUGGAGCCGCUGCAGUUUCCCUCUGAAAGCACUUUCCUGGAAGAGUUCGGAGACCUCAAAACAGACGAGCAGGUGAAGAAGCUGCAGGCCAUUCUGAAGCCAAUGAUGUUGAGGAGACUGAAGGAUGAUGUGGAAAAGAACCUGGCGCCUAAAGAAGAGACCAUCAUAGAGGUGGAGCUGACCAACAUUCAGAAGAAAUAUUACCGCGCCAUCUUGGAGAAGAACUUCUCCUUCCUGUCCAAAGGAGCAAACCAGCACAACAUGCCCAACCUUAUUAACACCAUGAUGGAGCUCCGCAAGUGCUGCAACCACCCCUACCUUAUCACAGGAGCGGAGGAGAAGAUUCUGGAGAGCUUCAGGAAGUACCACAGUCCAGAGGCGCUGGACUUCCAGCUGCAGGCCAUGAUCCAGGCGGCUGGGAAACUGGUGCUGAUCGACAAGCUGCUGCCCAAACUGCUGGCCGGGGGACACAAAGUGCUCGUUUUCUCGCAGAUGGUGCGCUGUCUGGACAUCAUGGAGGACUACCUCAUACAGAGACGCUACACGUAUGAGCGCAUCGACGGCCGCGUGCGAGGGAACCUGCGGCAGGCGGCCAUCGACCGGUUCUGCAAGCCGGACUCGGACCGCUUCGUGUUCCUGCUGUGCACCAGAGCGGGGGGGCUGGGGAUCAACCUCACAGCUGCAGACACCUGCAUCAUCUUCGACUCCGACUGGAACCCCCAGAAUGACCUGCAGGCCCAGGCGCGCUGCCACCGGAUUGGCCAGAGCAAAGCGGUGAAAGUUUACAGACUGAUCACCAGGAACUCGUACGAGAGGGAGAUGUUCGACAAGGCCAGUCUGAAGCUGGGACUGGACAAAGCCGUGCUGCAGGACAUCAACCGCAAGGGCAGCGUCAACGGGGUGCAGCAGCUUUCUAAGCUGGAAGUGGAAGAUUUGUUAAAAAAAGGAGCAUACGGAGCGCUGAUGGAUGAGGAAGACGAGGGCUCCAAGUUCUGCGAGGAAGACAUCGAUCAGAUCCUACAGAGGCGAACUCAGACCAUCACCAUCGAGACUGAAGGGAAAGGGUCCACCUUUGCUAAGGCCAGUUUCGUCUCCUCUGGUAACAGAACGGACAUUUCUCUGGACGACCCCAACUUCUGGCAGAAAUGGGCCAAGAUCGCUGAGGUGGAGAUCGACUCUAAAUCGGAGAAGGAGUCCUUGGUGAUCGACACGCCCCGGGUGAGGAAGCAGACCCGUCACUACAACUCCUUCGAGGAUGACGAGCUGAUGGAGUUCUCGGAGCUGGACAGCGACUCGGAGGAGCGGCCGUGUCGGACUCGCCGCCUGGGAGAGCGAGCCCGCCGCUACCUCCGGGCCGAGUGCUUCCGGGUCGAGAAGAACCUGCUGAUCUUCGGCUGGGGACGAUGGAAGGACAUCCUUAACCACGGUCGCUUUAAAUGGCAUCUGGCAGAGAGAGACAUGGAGGUGAUCUGCAGGGCUCUGCUGGUUUACUGCCUGAGACACUACAAAGGUGAUGACAAGAUCAAAAGCUUCAUCUGGGAUCUGAUCACACCCACCAAGGAGGGCCAGGACCAGGCACUGCUCAAUCACUCCGGUUUAUCAGCUCCAGUUCCUCGGGGCCGGAAGGGGAAGAAGUUAAAGAACCCACUAAGCGUCCCUGAGCUGAAGAACGCUGACUGGCUGGUGCACUGUAACCCUGAGGUGGUGCUGCAGGACGAGAGCUACAAGAAGCACCUGAAGCAGCACUGCAACAAGGUGCUCCUGAGGGUGCGGAUGUUGUACUACCUGAAAGUGGAGGUGUUGGGUGAAGCUGCUAAUCAAGCUCUGGAGGGGAUACCCGCCAGUAAACUGGAGGUGUCACUCCCCGACAUCGACUACAUAGAGAUCCCAGCUUCGUGGUGGGAUACAGACGCCGACAAGUCUCUGCUCAUCGGAGUCCACAAACACGGCUACGAGCGGUACAACGCCAUGCGUGCUGAUCCUGGACUGUGUUUCCUGGAGAGGGUGGGGAUGCCCGACGUCACGGCGCUGUCUGCUGAACAGGGAGGAGUGGAGGGGCCCGCCGACAUAGCUGACAGCGUGUGCAAAGCAGAGGAGGUGAAAGACGAGGCGGAGAGCAAAGCUGAUGGAGGAGAGGACAGAGACGAGAGCAGCAAGGGAGAGGAGACCUGCUCCAGCACCGACACCUCAGACAAGCCUGACAGCACAGGGCCAGACUCCCACAUGUCAGGUGACUUAUGCGCCCACGAAGCUACUCUGGUUACAACGACGACAACAACCGGGACAGGGACCGGGGUGGCGUCCCUCCACGUGGUCCAGGCCCGGCCCCUGUGGCCCACCGGCCCCUCCCUGACGGCCCGCCUGCGCCGCCUGAUCACCGCCUACCAGCGAUUCACGCUGCGCCGCGAGCCGAUGCUCAGGCACGAGUUCAUGCUGCAUGACGGCCUCGUUGGCAUGGCAAUGGGAGCCAGCGGUGCUCACGGUCACCACGGCGGGGGCCCACUGGCGUGGCAGCUGGGGGAGGAGCUGAGGCGCUGCUCGGUGGUCGCCACAGAACCGGACCCCCUGUUCCUGGAGUGGCAGAGAAGGUGGACUCGUCGGGAACAGGCAGAUUUCUACCGCACGGUGUCGUCGUUCGGGGUGGUGUACGACCCGGAGAGGAAGUCCUUCGACUGGUCCCAGUUCAGAGCGCUGGCCCGGCUGGAGAGGAAGACGGACGAGAGUCUGGAGAGAUACUUCAACUCCUUUGUCAACAUGUGCAGGGCGGCCUGCAAACUGCCUGCCAGGAAGGAAGAAGGUCUGGUGGAUCCUGCGGUCAUGGUGGAGCCUUUGACCGAGGAGCGAGCGGCGCGGACUCUGUACCGCAUUGAGCUGCUGCGCAAGAUCAGAGAGCAGGUUCUCCGUCACCCGCUGCUCUCCGCCCGCCUACAGCUGUGCCGCCCCUCCCUCUACCUCCCGGUGUGGUGGGAGUCGGGUAAACACGACCGUGACCUCCUGAUCGGGGCAGCGCGCCACGGCCUGAGCCGAACCGACUUCUACAUCCUGAACGACCCCCAGCUGAGCUUCCUGGAGGCCCACAGGAACUACGUCAGGGGCCACCCCUCCCACCUCCAUCCUCAGAGCCACCACCAUCCCGGCAUGGUGACUCACCCGGGCAUCUCCUCUUCCUCCACCUCGUCUCACCCGCAGCUGCCUCAUCCUCACUGCUGCCUGUAUGACUCCCCCCAGCCUCCCGAGUACCCCCACCAGUCCUCUCACCACCACCACCACCACCACCACCAUCACCACCAGCAUCACCCUGUGCCUCCUUGUCCUUCGUCUUCCUCUCACCUCCAACCUCUACCGUUGGACGCCCACAACUCUUCCUCACCCAGUCUGGGAAUAGUUCCGAGUUCCCGGGGGGAUUUCCUGGACUGCCCCCCUCUGGAUGAGAGUCUGGAGCUGGGCUCUCUGCAGCACGACGCCGACACUCUGCACGGAGGGAAGGCAUCCAAAGACGCCCUCAAUGGAUUCCCAUUCAACUCUGCAGCAGGAGGUCAGAGCAUGCUCAACUCGUACGGUGUCGGGGGGGCAGACCUGGAUUCCAAACUGAGGAGCGAUGUGCUCGUUGGGGAGCAGGGGUCCUCGGAGGAGACGGGGCUGAUGGCUCCAUCAGUGGAGCUCGAUCAGUUACAGGCUCCGUGGGAUGGGACAGACCACUCCAGUCCCGCUCACCACAUGUUCAACGAGUCCGAUCCCAUCCUGGGUCCCUCUACUCUGGAGAGCGGCUUUCUGGAGGAGGAGGACGAGGAGGCGCAGGGGGUAGACAGAGGAGCGGAGGAAGGGGGAACUCUGGAGGAAUGUCUGGGCCUCCCACCCUCCUCCUCUCCCUCCCACCCCUCUGCAGGAGACUCUGUGGAGCCGCUGUCCUCCAGUUACAUGCUCUUCAAGGACAUUGGUGUGAGCGAGGAACCCAGCGCAGAUCAAACAGAUCUGUCAGUGAGUCCCCCGCCUCCCUACGUACCGCCUCCUCCCCUCUCUCUGUCUGACAUAACUGCUCCUGAGCCGCAGGAUAGGCUGGGCCACUCUGAUGUCACUGCGAGCCUGACCAAUCCUGUCGAUGAGGAGGCAGGAGGACAGGAAGGAGGCGCCGGGUUCGAUUUCGACGACAAGAAAGAAGAAGAAGAACAAGAAGAAGAAGAAGUGGAAGACUUGUUGGGGGUGCAGAACCUGGGGAAGCAGGGAGAUCACAGUCUGGGAAGAGAGGAGUGUGAUGCAGAGCAGGGUGAGGACCAAAGUUUGGGAGGCUCUAAUUCCCCUAUGGAUGUAGCACAAAUGGACGGAAUAGUGCCGGACCCUAGCCUUGGGGAACAAGAUGAACAAACCCCUCAGGAGAACCUUGACCGAGCAAAUCAUAAAGAAGGGUUACCGCGAGACAUGCAACCAUAUCUGGGGAAGCUAGAACAGCCGGGUAAUCUGGCGUGUCCCGAGUCGAUCGAGGAGCCCAGAGAGGAAGUGGACGGGUUGAUUUUGUACCAGGCGGUGGAGGCAGAGACCAUGGAAAACUCUCUCGAUACUGACGCCUUGAUGGAGAACGCUACUGGAGAGGAGGACGUUCCGGUGGAGUGCAGAAACCUGGCGGAUCAGGUGGAUGAGAUCUCUGAAGGGCAUCACGUUUCUCUUAUGGACGAAACGCAAGGGACAGAUGUCAAAUCCAACAAGAUGGUGCUGCAGAGCAUUUACUAUGAAUACGCACCACCUUCCUGCCCCGCUGCUUCUGUCUCACCCCCUACUGGAGCAUCAAAGCCUAAUGGCACCACUACAAAAAGUCCUGGAGUCAAAACUGAAGAGUCCAUGGAUCAGGAAGACUACGGAGUUGAAGAUCUGAACUUGCCAGAUGGCGCCAGAAACAAGAAUAGAGUCCUGACGUUUUCCCUUGAUCAGGACAGCAAAGUCAAUCUUCUUGAGCAGAAUGAAAUGACCCUACCUUUAAACAGCAUUGACACCAAGCCAUGUGAUGUGAAGUUCUCUCUUCUCCAAGACAGAGGUGCUGAUAAGAAACCACAGCUUCUAGAUCUGCCAGUCAAGGUAGAAGAAACAAAGACAGAAGCUUUGGACGUUUACCCUGACUGCUCUGAGCUCAAACACGGAAAAUUCCUUUCCUACCGUGUGAAGUCAGAGAACUCGGCGACCAAAGCCGAGCAGUUAGACUAUCCGGUCAAACCAGAAACUCUGGAGACCAAACCUGAAGAUCUCAGCCUCUCAGUGAAGACCGUAGAUCAUAAACCUGAAGUUCUCCUGUUUGCAGCGUACUCGAACAUCAAACCUGAAGCAAAACCAGUGGCUUCCUGUUUUGCCGCCUAUCCAGAUGGAGUGAAGACUGAGACGGAGCCGGAGGACUUGAGUAUGACAGCCUUUGUGGACACGUCUGCCAUCAAGCCCGAAGCCAAGUCAGAAGGUCUAGAGUUCGCCAACUACCCAGACAGCUCCGAGAUUAAACCCGAGGCGAAGCCGGAGGACCUGGAGCUCUCAGCUUUACCCGAGAUCAAAGCGGAGACCAAGCAGGAGCUGCUGGAGGCCGACAGCACCGUCCUCACCCCGAAGCUGGAGCAGGGGGACGGGCUGGGGGAUGCCCCAGAAUGCCUUGGGGGGAGAGGCCAAGUGAAGGAGGAGAGGCCGAGUACACCAGUGCCUGUGGUGGAGGGCUAUGGAGGCAGCCUCAGGUUUGCGGCUCCUAUUUCUGUGUGUGAGAUUCCAGACGGCCUCCACGACAGCCGGGAGCCGACCAUCGCUCAGCUGCUGCAGGAGAAAGCACUCUACUCAUUUUCUGAGUGGCCCAAGGACCGGGUCAUCAUCAACCGCCUGGACAGCAUCUGCCACGCCAUCCUGAAGGGGAAGUGGCCCUCGUCCAGCGAGCAGUACGACUCCCCCAGCUCCAUGGUGGUCAACUCCUGCCUGGCCAACAGCAUCGCCCAGCACCACCAGCGAGCCAGCUUCCUCACCACCACCGCCUCCAGCUCCGUCCCGAGCCAGGCCAGGGGUCAGCAGACCAACGCCGGGCUGGGCUUCUCCCUCCCUCCCCCCCUCACAAGACUACCUAAGUACAUGUCGCGGGGCGGCGCAUGCGGGCGCGGAGCUUGGCGCCUCACCUCCUUGCCUCUCUUACAGGAGAGGCUGGUGGCUCCUCCCUACCUCCCCGAGCUCAAACGAGCGGGGGGUCGGAGGUCCUUCGACUAUGAAGCCGCUGCCGCUGCAGCCAAGGUAUUAGCCGGGAAAUCGGCACCGUCAUGCCACACUGCCACCACCACGAGUUCCAGUGGUGCCUGCCCGGUGGUGGCUCCGCCCUCUCAUCGCACAGGAGCCAUGUUGAUUAAUGGUUGGCAGGAAACGGCCAUAGAUCUCACCAAGUCCUCCGGAGAAAUAAGCACCACCAGCAGCAUGGGAGCGGGAGGAGCUGUGGUGGCACAGGGGCUCAGCAGUCACAAGCUGCCGCCUCCACCCCCCAUCACAGCGCCGCUCUCGGGCUCCGUGGGGAUCGACAUGGCCGGGAUACUGCAGGCGGGGCUCAUCCACCCGGUUACGGGGCAGAUAGUAAACGGGAGCCUGAGGGGAGAUGACUCCCUGAGAAGGAGGAGAGGCAGGAGGAGAAACGUUGAAGCUCUGUACUCUGAAUUCACCAAGAGCAGAGGACUCCACCUUGCCGACACACAGCUGCAGGGCCGGCUGGACGUGAUCAGCCACUCCUCUGUCUCCUCGUCCACCUCCUCGCCGUCCCCUUCUCCAUCUGACCGACCCGCCGGCCCUCCAACCCCAUCCUCCUCCUCUACGCCCACCCCCACGCAGACCCCCCCUCAGCCGGAAAUCGUGGCAAUCGACAGAGAGGCGGCCAGCAAAGGUCUGAUCGAGUGGCUGAGGCAGAACCCGGGCUACAGCAUGGACCUGCCCGCCUUUUCUCACUCCGGAGCAGGGCUGCUGCACGGCUUUGUGGAGCGUCCCAAGCAGAGGAGGCAUCGCUGCAAAGACCCAACCAAGCUGGACAUCAACUCUCUGACGGGGGAGGAGAGGGUCCCUGUGGUGCACAGAGGCACCGGGCGCAGGCUUGGUGGUGCUAUGGCUCCGGCCAUAAAGGAGCUGUCAAGGUGGCUGGAUGCCAACUCAGAGUACUAUGUAGCUCCAGACUGGGCGGAUGUGGUCAAACACUCGGGCUUCCUCCCUGAGGGUCAGUUCUCUCGGAUCCUGACAGAGCCCGUCAACAGAGACCUGGGCUCUCGGCGCCGAGGGCGGCGGCCUCGCAGCGAGAUGCCCAAACCCCUCCUCUCCGUCUCUGACUCCGCCUCCUCUCCCCUCGGCCCCCCCCUCUUCAUGAAUGGAGGAUUGAUCGGCAGCAUGGACUCCAUGGUGGCCAUGCAGAACCUCCGCGGGGGGAUCCCUGGGAUCCCCAUUUCGAGCAUCAUGGCAGCUGGAUUCCCUCACAGUUUCUCCGCAGCCGUACAGGCAGGUGGAGCAGGGGGGUCGGCAGAAGACGCCAAGAAUGGGUUGAGUAUGUUACCCAUGAUGCUCCACGGCAUCCCGCACCCCCAUGGGGCUGCGAUCCCUCAACACGCCUUGUUCAGCGUCGGCGCGAUGAUGGCGCACAGCCCUCACCCCAGCUCCUCCUCUUCUUCCUCAUUGUCCGCCGCAAAAAUCACCACAACAACCGCACCUUCUACAUCCGAGGCGACCAGCCCCUCAUCGACAACGCCCGCAGACAGAGAGAGCAACGCCCCCUCAGGCUCAGGUGGAGGAGAGAAGGAGAGGACCCAGGAGGAGAAAGGAGCAGCCAACAAAAGAGCGGGGGAGACAGCAGCCAUCAUCACCUCCACCAGCAGGGCCCACCUCGGGGGUGCGCACCUGGGGGCCGGCAGCCAUCUGACCUUCAACCCCUUCCUGAUCCCCGGCAUGUCCCACGGCCUACUGUACCCGCACAUGUUCCUCCCCCACGGCGGCAUCAUGGCACUGCCCGCCAUGCCUCCCGGGGCGGUGGAAGGCUCCCCCGGCAGCCCAAAGAGGAGGAGGAAGAGAGGGCGAGAGGAGGGGGAGAGGGAGGAGGAGAGGGAGAAGGCAGCGAAGGUAGAGGAGACAGAAAGUACAGUUAAGGCUAACGUCUCCUCCCCCCCAGCCUCCUCCUCUUCUCCACCCAUCCCCUCUACCUCGGAUCCAGACCCCACUGAAGAGCCCCAGGAACCAGACUCCCAUAACCCUACAGAGGGAGCAGAGGAGAAGGAGAGAUCAGAGGACACAGCAGGUGAGGCGACGGAGGAGGAGAAGCGGGACCCUGAGGAGCAGAGACAUGGGGAGGUGGAGGACGCGUAGAGGAGGAGAACACUGUCUCCUCCAUUGCCCAGCGACUGAGCAACAGUGUAAAGUUUGUGCCGUGUCUGUCAGUCAAUGUCCAUGUAAAGACUUUUAUUAUGAUGACUAAUGAUGAUGAUUAUAUUCAACUUGGUUAUGUUUAUAUACCAAGACCCACCCACCCACCCACCCUCUCCACUCCCUCCUUGUAUACAAAAAAGAAACUGUGUAAGAAACCUCUGUGUAUUCUUCCCCUUCAUUCUGUAUCGAGACUCAUCAGGAGGGACAUUUCUCAAAACACACACCCACACACACACACACACACACACACACACACACACACACACACACACACACACACACACACACACACACACACUGCAGGCAAGAUGUGGUAACCAAGGAGCAGCUUUGGCAGUAAUGAUCCGGUUAUGAGCAGAAGACGGCGUGACGCAGAGUUUAGUUUGGUGUGUUUGCUCGGAGGAGGCUCUGUAAAGUGUAGGAAUUUCUCACCACAGUUUGGGAAUUCAGAGAAGCACUUGUUAUAUUGUCUUGUUUUUUUCACUUCUGCCACAGUCCACUAAAUUGUCUUUUGGGGGAUUAUUUCUGUGCAAUGUUCAAAGAUUAACCUGGAAGUGUGUCUUUGUGACACUGAAGAGUCUCAACCAGCAUUCCCAGAUCAUGUGACACUAAAACACCUUUUCUUUAUCGAUACUAAAGGAAAACUCUGAUAAACCUAGUAUGCAAGAACGAAGCUACCUAAAAAACUAAGUGCGGCCCAAAACCUUUUCAGAGUGUAGCCCUUGAGGACAUUUAAAAUGAUUGUGAUGUGACCCAAAGAACAAAAGGACAUUUGGGAAAGCUGCCUAAUUAUAAAAAAAACACAUUUGUUUCUGUUACUUUUUACUCAAAUUUAGCAAAUUGUGACUGUAAUAUUGUCAAAACAGUCACAAAACAAGUGAGUUUAGUAUUACCCAGGCAUGGAUGUUGUAUCUUUGUAUAAGAUAGCAUUAUCAGCCAACCCCCUCUGCUACCAUUUUAAAUACUGUGUCAUAUUUCUCUUUAUGCUAUUAUCAAUGCUAUGGCAUUGCUGCUACUUCUUCUUUUGAAAAAGGAGUUCAAAUGUUCUUAUUCUCUACACUAAUGUAAUAAUCCAGAUUCCAAGAAAUGCAACAGAUAUCCAUUAGAAGAACUCCAACGUUUGCUUUUAUUGAUAAAAGCAGAGAACAAUCACGAGAUUAUUAUUUUUAAUUGCUUUUUGGAUCAUGUUAUUAUCUUUUCUUAUCAGACCCAAAGUCACUUUGAGAGAUUUGCCCCUCAAGUGUGUAAGAAAUUGGAGGAAAUGAAAGACAUUUCAAAGUGAAGAGCUCAGUCUGGCCACUAGGAGGCGAUAUGAGGGAGACUUUAUUCUGAACUGCAAAUGACUGAAAAAAGAAGAUUUGUUUAGCCCUGAGGCUGCUAAGAGUAUAUCUAGUCACACAUGGAAUGAGUCAAUGGAAGUGCGUUCAUCAGGAAUAGUGUAAAAAUAACCUCUAGCAUCUCUCAUGGCCAAACUGUCCUCUCUUCACUUUUUAAUCCUGCGUUCAGAAACAUAUUAUCUGUGUGAUGUCGACCAUCUGAGCAUCGAAAGGGAAUUUUCAGUUUUUACAGAUAAAACAGGAAGAGGAGGGAUACACAGUGGUGUGAUUAGCCCGGGUUGAGUGCCUCUUCUUCUCGUUUUCUUUCCUCGGAUUAAUUUUAAUAGCAGUUCAUCAUUCUAAAUAUGUAAAUCUCUCGCUGUAUAUUGCAGGAUUUUCUUUUCUUUAAGUGCACCAUUUCUUUUUUCAUCUUUUUGGUUUUGUUUCUCCAUUGGGAAAAAGAAUACUUGACAGAUGCAAGGUGGAGUUUUGCAUUGAGGUUAGUCCUAGUGUUUUUGGUAUCAAACAGACUGUACUGUACAUUACAUAGAUGCAAGUCACUUGUUUAUUCAGUCUUUUCAGAACAGGGUCUGCAUUUUGGGGGUUAUGUCAAAUAUGUCCGUUUUAUGAUGUUGGACUUCACUCUUGUUUUGUUUUCAUACAUGAAAACAUUACUUUUGCACAAUGUCUUUUUGUGAAUGUUAACCUGUACUGUCUUGUAUUUCUUUUAUGUGUGAGAGUGCGUGGGAGAGAGUGUGAGUCUGUGUGCAUGCAUGCGCACACGUGUCGUCGUGUUUCUACUUCUGUCUCGUCCUUACAGGUCACAUUUGUUGUCGAAAAAAAAAACAUAGUUGUUGCCUUGUCACAUGUUUGUGGCUACAUAUAAUUUAUUAUAUUUUUCUUUUUUGCUUCGCCAAACUUUCACCAAAUAUGACAUUAUUUUUUCUCUUAGUUUCAUUAUGUAUUAUUCAAAGUAAAAUGCCUUAUUUAGCUAGUAUUUUUUGUAUUGAUGUUUCGUUACAUCUCCAUAUAGGGACAUGCUAUGUGUUUGUCUUCAGUUUGUCCUUAGCUUGUACACGGCCUUUGGUGUUGUGCAUUAUCUUCAAAAUCCAACAGUAAUGCAAUGCUACCACUGUCCAAAUCACUACGUUAAUCCCCCAGAAAAGUCAAUCAUUCCUCCCUCAAAGCACAAAUGGAGAGAUAACUAAAAGUGUCUGUUUUCUUACCAGUGCCUCUAAAAUGAUUCUAAAUAGUUUCUCUUUUUGUGGUCUGCACUUCAUGUUGAGUUUUCUAUAGUAACAUCAUCCUCAGGACAAGUAAAACUCUUUUUUGGAUUUCACCAUUUGCUGAUGAUACCAUGCUGUUCGUUAAAGGGGAAUCGUGGAAUGUGAGAAAUGGUGCAAAAACACACUGCCCAGCACUAUGCUAUGCUAUCACGUGGGAGGCCAUUAUCUCCUUUUCUUUUGUAAAGUAUGGCCCAAAGUCGGUUUUUCUCAGCAUUUAGAUAAUAGAGUGGUGCAGUAAUGAGUCCUGAAAACCGGAAAAGUCUUAAAGAUUGUACCACUCCUGGUUUAUUUGUCUCAAAGUCAAUGAUUUUCUGAACAUGAUUGUGGUUCAAUGCUUGAAAUAGUGUCUGUGGUUAACACAAGCCAAGGAGAUUUUGACGUUUUGUUCAAACACAUAAAAUACAUAAGUAAACACUCCACUCAUGAAUGAAGGCUUCUAUGAGUCUUAGGGUUAGGGUUAGGGUUCAAUGUGGUCCUGUUUCUAACAAGACCACACCGAACAUUAGCCACCUUUAGCUUAGCACUGGUGAUGAACAGCCAUGUGACUGUGGUGUAGUUUGUUUAUAGCGUUACACUAGUUUUAUAUUUCUACAGAUGUAAGCUUUAAGAAACACAAUUUGAUGUUGAUAUGUGGCGAUAAUCAUUCUGGACAAAACGUGUUAAAUAUAGAAGACAUGCAUCGGCCCCAAAGCUAAUUUAGGAAAUGGAAAAAUCCCAUUGCAUUUUGGUGAUGGAGACCUAGUGAUCCUAACUUCCGCGUCGGCCUAUAAAAAUACGUCAUCACCACUCUAUUGGACCAGCUAUUACUAUGGCUGCUACUUCCUGUACUGUAGAUUGUCUCACACAUCAUUUUAAACAGUAAUCUAAGCAAAAAAGAGUGUUUAAGCUCAUUUUUGUGAAAUUUCUAAAACUGUGCCAAGUUUGUGCUCCCCUCUGGUAAACAACAUUGAUUGGUAACAACGAGCAGUUUGUAUUCCCCUUUAACGAAGGCUAUUUAAUCCCAUACCACUCUCUCACUGCACGAGGCCUUCUGUUUGGUAUCCAGCAUGUCUAGGAUGGUAUUGCACACACAGUACAUAUCCAGUAUUUGAUUGUUCUGUGUUUGUCCAGAUUCCUGGGGGAAAAGCAUCAGAAGAGGAACCAAAUUGUUACUUACGACACCUAAAAUAUCUUGACUUUAAAAGCCGCAGCCCAUGUACAGUGUGCACAUCAUCUCCUCUUACUGGCAUGUCCUCGUGUGAGAACUUGAAGCAAAGGCGCAGUAUGUGGUAGCAGGUGGAGGUCGAUGGACGGCUCUGUAUUGUCUGUUCAUGUCACACCAUGCCUUCUUUAACAGUGUUCUGUCUUUUCCUUCAAAUCCUUUUUCUUCUUCAGAACCUCAAACUGUUGUUUAUCUCUUAUCAUAAAUAAUGUAUUUAUUGUAUAGUUACUGUCUUUACAUUGUUGUCUCAUGACUGAAUAAUGGCUGGUUUUGUUUCUCUUGAACGUCCCCUUAAAAAAACAUGUUGGUUCUCAUGGAAGAUUCCUCUGCUUUGCUUUGUAGCCCUGGUCACCUGCUUUCAAACGCAAUGACUCCGUGAAAAUACCUCCUGUUUAUUUCUCUUCAAAGUGGCGGAACUAAGCUAAAUGUGCCAUACAAUAAUAAUCCGUUGGUCCAAAAUGAUAAAAUCAACACGUGACUGCAUUUUAAGAGAAAAAUGACUGAACCAUCAGCUUCAGAAACUGCAUACCUAAACUAGAAAGCAAGCAUAGAUUCAAAAAACAUUCCUUUUUAUUUACGCUGUAGAGAAAAAAAAGUCAUCAAUCUGGUAAAACAUAUUUACAACAUCCAUAAAAACUAAAUGAGAGGGCAGAUGCUGGGUUGCGUUGACUGAUGUCUUUCAUUUUCUUUUCAUCAGUUCUAAAGAAUUUGGCCUUUUUAAAAAUUAUGAUUCUGGGGAAAUAUGUAUGACCAUCUUGUCUUUGGCUGUUGGUCUAACUUUCAUUUGCAAAUAACAUGAUCAUGAAAAGAUAGGAAAUGUGAAUGUAACCCUGACAUGUGAGGGGGAAAUCCAAACACACUCCAUAAAGGCACCGAAACCUACUUUGCCUUGAAAAAAAUAUCUUUACAAUAAAACAAAAAUCUCCUUUAUCUUCUGUCUUAUUCAUAACAAGCUGGUUUCUCAGAUGAUAAACAAUUUUCUUAAAAGAAGAAAGGAAAACACAAUAACAGUUACAGCUCCUGGAUUGAUCCCCCUCUGUUAUAUUUAUGUUUUUUCUAGUUUAAGACUACACUAAAGCUUACUGCAAGUCUUAUGUUCCUUCAAAAUAAAAGUGUGACAAAGGGGCUGCCUGAAGAAAUGAAAGGUUUCAUAAAAAACUAAUCAAAUCAGACAUUUUUUUGCAUCCAUAAAUUGUUCUUGAGUUAGAUUUUAGAACAGAUUUUAUUUUUUGUGAGGCAUGCUCAAAAGAAACGAACACAAUACACUUAAAUAGCUAUAGGAGGAAUAAAUAGCUGCAGGUUCAGACAGUUGAUCAAAUGAAUGAGUCUUCACCUCCACAUCCCGACCCUUUCUGUGAAGCCACCCAGUUCCAUUUAACAAAUAAAGUACAAGUUAAAAAAAACAUCAGACUGUUCACAGCUCCUGUACUCACAUUACGGAACCAAGUGCAAUGCAAUCCACACGGAUGUUGUUCUCAAAGUGGAAGAAAAGACAAAUACUGGCUGCUCGUGGAGUCAGACCAUUACUGAGUAAGUUGUACGGUGGGGUUUUUAUCUCCUUUUUUUCUUUUAUUUUUCUUAUUUGUAACUAUAGCUCUCUGUAUUCCCAUGUGGACCAAUCUCAUGAGUCAAAACAUGGUAACUGUGAUCUUUUAUUGUGCAAUAAAAGAUGACUUUCAACUUUC